AAUGACGUUUAAUAUUUAGUCGGUUCGGUGGUUAAAAGUAAUGUUAUUCUUCCUCUAAAAGUAAAAAAAACAAGUAAAAACGGAGUGAAAAACUUUAGAAAUCGCGUUAAUACGCGACAAAUUAUUAUUUCCUUUAUUUUCACCUUAAAAUUCUACGUUUAAAGUACAUAAAAAGCAAUAAUGUUGAAACUAACAUAUUUAAUUUCUGUGAUAACUGUAUUUUUUGGAAUCUGUGCAUCUCUGAGUAUACCGGAAAACACUGAAAAUACUGUAAACGAAAAAUUCCUAGACGACCCUAAAUACUUAAACUACGAUGAAUUAACUAAUUUAUUUAAACAAUUGGAAUCUGAAUACCCAAAUUUGGUUCAUUUAACAUCUGCGGGAAAAAGUGUGAGAAAUAGGGAAUUAUGGGCUCUUGAAAUAAACGCAAAUGUUCAAAAUAGAAGUUUACUUACACCGAUGUUCAAAUAUGUGGCAAAUAUGCAUGGUGACGAAUCAUUAGGUAGGCAACUUAUGGUUUAUUUGGCCUUAUAUCUGAUUAAAAAUUAUGGCAAAGAUGAACGUGUAACAAAAUUGGUGAACACCACAGAUAUUUAUAUAAUGCCUAGUAUGAACCCAGAUGGUUUUGAAAAUUCUGAGGAGGGCCUCUGCGAAUCAAAACCGAAAUACGUAGGACGGGAAAACGAGAACGGAAAAGAUUUGAACAGGGAUUUCCCUGAUCAAUUCGAACCCACAAGAAUCGGUACAAUUUUAUCCGGUAGACAACCGGAAACGGUUUCCAUGAUAACCUGGAUCAUUUCGAGGCCGUUCGUACUUUCCGGGAACCUCCACGGCGGCGCUGUGGUCGCAAGCUACCCAUAUGACAACUCAAAUACCAAAAGACACUGCUGCAAGGAAAGUAAAUCCCCAGACAAUGAAUUGUUUAAAACUUUGGCUCUAACCUACUCCCAACCCCAUCCAUUAAUGAGAGACGGAAAAGCUUGUAAAAAUGAUAAUUUUGAUAGAGGAAUCACUAAUGGAGCCUUUUGGUAUGAAUUACAAGGUGGCAUGCAAGACUUUAAUUACAUCCAUUCCAAUUGUUUUGAGGUAACAUUUGAACUGUCAUGCUGUAAAUAUCCAGAAGCUAAAACAUUACCUCAGGAAUGGUAUAAUAAUAAGGAAUCUUUGCUAAGAUAUAUCGAAUCUACUCACUGGGGUGUAAAGGGUUUAGUAACUGAUACUAAAGGUGAACCCGUACUGGAUGCAGAUGUUGUGGUAACAGGAAUAAAUCAUAAUAUUACAACAAGUAAUAGAGGGGAAUAUUGGAGAUUAUUAUUGCCGGGACAAUACGAGAUGUACGCCUCUGCUUUUGGUUUUCUGCCGUCUGACAAAACAUUCGUAACGGUGACCGCUGGACAUACGGAAAUACAAAACUUUCAACUCAACAGAAUUCCGCAGGAAAAUGUUAAAGGCGAAUUUACCAAGCUCAAAAAAGACGUAACUCAGUCUUUAUACGACGAAUAUGGGUUUUUAAUACAUGAUGAUGAUUUAUUUAAGCAUCAUCAUUACGCUGAAACGGAAAAAUAUUUGAAAAGAAUGCAUACUAUUUAUCCGAACAUAACAUAUCUGCAUUCUAUUGGUAAAUCUGUGCAAGGCAGGGAGUUAUAUGUCUUUGUGAUUGGUACCACCGCUGAAAAGCAUGUUCCAGGUAUUCCCGAGUUUAAAUAUGUCGCCAAUAUGCACGGAGACGAAAUUGUCGGAAAGGAAAUUUUAUUAUAUUUAAUUAAAUAUUUAUGUGAGAGAUAUGGAACAGAUGACAGAAUUACCAACUUAAUUAGGACAACUAGGAUUCAUAUACUACCAUCAAUGAACCCAGAUGGCUAUGAAAUGAGUAAAGAAGGCCCUGAAGAGAAUAUUUUUGGUAGAGGCAACGCAAAUAAUUUUGAUUUAAAUAGGAAUUUCCCUGAUCAGUAUUUUACAAACAAGUAUAACUCAAUUAGGCAACCCGAAACACAAGCUGUGAUGGAUUGGAUUUUAUCAGAACCAUUUGUAUUAUCGGCAAAUCUGCACAAUGGGGCUCUAGUUGCAAAUUAUCCAUUUGAUGACAACCCAGAAAAUUUGAAUGGUAUCGAAAAUUUAUCACCUGAUGAUCAAGUUUUCAAGUACUUGGCUCAUACUUAUGCUGAUACGCAUUUGAAAAUGCACAAAGAUUUACCAUGUCCCUUGUUUCCAAAUGAGCAUUUUGAUGGGGGAACCACAAAUGGGGCGAAAUGGUAUUCAGUUACUGGAGGCAUGCAAGAUUGGAACUAUCUAGUUGCAGGUUGCAUGGAAAUAACCAUUGAGCUAGGAUGUAUAAAAUACCCACCUGCAUCAUAUCUACCAACGUAUUGGUUAGAUAAUAGAGAAGCUUUGGUAACAUUCAUAGAACAGGUCCACAAAGGUAUUUCAGGCUUUGUUAGAAGUACAAUCGGUUCUGCGAUUUCCAACGCUGACAUCAUGGUAACCGGUAUAAAACACCCGGUAAAAACCGGCAAAAAUGGAGACUACUGGCGUAUACUUUUACCCGGACAAUAUAGCGUAACGUUUGCUGCAAGAGGUUACGAAAGCUACACUACUGAUAUUAUAAUUCCCGAAAGCGGACUUUUGGAAUUAAACGCAACUCUGAUGAAAGAUGACCCGAACCAUUGGGCCGAUGCUUACGAUUUCGGAUUGAGCGAGAACCAAUUUUCUCCGAAAUACCACGACAACAACGAAAUCGACCGAAUUUUGGCCAACCUCGAAACCAGAUACAAAAACUCGGUAAUUUUUCGCUCCGGGCACAGCGUCAUAUCCAGCAAGAUACAUUUCUUGGAAAUCAGCCACGAGGUUGCCGAAUCCGACGAGCAAAAAUUCCACGUUGCCGUGAUGGGCAACUUGUUCGCCACUCAGCCAAUAGGCAGGGAGAUAACUAUCUACUUGGCGCGCCAUCUGUUGGCCGGGUACAUGAGUAACGACCCUCAAAUCGUGGAAAUAUUGAAAAACACCGUUAUUCAUAUUAUACCGGUGAUAGACGAGAAUUUCCCUAAAAUUUGGGGGGAAUACGAUAGGCAAGUUUUGGGGAACAAAAGGCCGAAGAGUUUUCGGUGCAACAACAUUACUGCAGAUUUUAAAGAGACAGGGGAUUUAAUUUUGAACCAAGGUUACAGAGUUAACCAAGCAGAAGUGGCUAAAGUUUUUAAGAGUUUUCUUUUGGAGAAAAAGUUUGACUGGGUUCUAAAUAUUGAAGGUGGCGGAGAUGGAGUAAUAUACCCAGAAACAAAAUCCUUACUACCCCUUUACAAAAUAAUGGCGCAAACUUACCUAGACAACCUAAAAAUACCGCAAAUAUGCACGGAAAAACUUAAAGGCACCAACAACAAAAUAACGGAUUAUUUGUACCAUGAAUAUAAUACACCACUAUUGACGGCCAAAGUGUCGUGCUGUUUGUAUCCGGAAAUAGGCAACAUACCGUACAUUUGGAGGGAUACAUUGGCACCCAUAAUGAGUCUCCUAAACAUGACCAGAACCGGUGUACAGGGUAGAAUUUUCGACCUAAAUAACAAACCCAUGGUAAACGCUUCAGUAACCAUACAGGGUUCAGAGGAGCAAUCUUACGAUGCCAGUCGAAAUUUGGCUUUUUAUAAAAUUAUGCUGCCCAGUGGAUACCAUACACUUGUAGUGACUUGUAUGGGUCAAGCAACAGAAAUACGCAAAAUUUUAGUGGAAAAAAAUAAAUUGACCGUGGAAAAUUUCGUCUUGAAACCCGAAAACGCCCAAACCACAAAUAAUAGAAUAGAAAAAAUAAAUCACAACAUUCAAAAGGAAUUUUUGGGUAACAUCAAAACCGGCAUAAUCGGUUAUGUAAAGGAUACUUUGGAUCACCCUGUGCCAUACGCGGAAAUUCUCAUAGCACCCGGUAACAUUACCUUGCAAUCUGACGGCGAUGGAAAAUACAGCGUUGCCUUGUCACCGGAAAAAUAUACAGUCAAAGCCACGAAAAGUGGUUACUUUGAAGAUGUAAAAUUGGUGCAAGUUUUUGCCAUUUCGCAAAAACCAAUGGUCGUUAUGUUGACGUUAAAACAAAAUAUGGAUGUUAUGGGGUUGCCCAGGAUGGGUUUUAUUAUUUUAACAGGUGUUGUCAGCCUUAUUUUACUGGGGCUGGGUUUUUUUUGCUAUGUGGCGUUCAAAAGAAGGAACGAUUAUGGUCCAAUAGCGCAAACGUCAUUUUUUGACGAUUAUCGAGAUAAUGAAAAAGAAACAAUCCUGUUUAGCAGACCUUUUGAGAAAAAACCAGUUACAAGGCCCUAUUAUGAUGAAGAUGAUGAUGAUGAAGAGGAAGAAGAAUUCGAAAUAGACUAUGAUGAUAUUCGUAAAGGGGAUAUAUCUUCUGAUACUGAAGAACUAAAAUUAUUGCAAAUGUAAUAUUUCUUCUUCUAAAUUUAGGGGUUUUAUUUCCUCUAACUUUUUUGCUAGCAAGCCUUACAUUUUUAAACUAAAAUAACUUCUUUUUGUAAAAAUAGCAAAACCAUGUUUUUCUAUUGUUAACUAUUAACCGAGUACCUAAACACUUUAAAAUGUGAUCUGACUAUAGUUUUAGUGUUAAAUUAGUUUUUAAGCAUAAUUUAGUCAAUUUGAACGAUAAUUUUGUGUUGUAUUUUAAUUUUAGCAGAUUUUAUAUUUUUUACCAAACCAAUUUAAUAUAAGUAUUAAGUAUUGACAACCAUGCAAUUUUUAUAUUUGUAAGUCUAAUGUGUAACAAGCUGCAAUAUAUGGAAAGGAUGUACAUAAUUUAAAUAUUAUACAAAUUUAUACACUAUUGUAAAAUCUAUUAAUUGAACUUUAAUAAA